UUUGGGCCGGCCAGGUGUAGACGCGCAUGUCAAACACGAAGGAUGCACAGCGGUGAUACAAUUACAAUUUUUAAUCAACGAGGGAGCAUUAGUUUCCGCAACUGCAGACGAUACCUUACAUCUAUGGAAUUUCCGGCAGAAAAUACCACAGGUUGUGCAGAGUCUAAAGUUCCAAAGAGAAAGAAUAACAUGCAUUCACCUACCAUUACAAAGUAAAUGGCUGUACGUUGGUACGGAACGAGGGAACAUUCAUGUACUCCAUAUCGAAACAUUUGUCCUUUCUGGAUAUGUAAUUAAUUGGAACAAGGCUAUCGAAGUAUGCUGAUAGGAUACGAGUCGGGGCAAAUAGUUUUCUGGGACUUGAAGACGAAAAAUGCGGAUUACAGAUGCCAAAGCGACGUACCUUUAAGAUCGAUAUCUUGGCACCACGAGGGUAAACAGUUUAUGUGCAGUCAUACCGAUGGCUCCCUGUCAACGUGGACAGUGCGUCAAUUAAAACCAACGAAUGUAACGCAUCCACACGCGAAAACUACGAAAGAUGGCGAGCCAGAACCUUGUAAACCGAUACAAAAGGUCGAAUGGAAGCUGUCAAGAUCAGGGGAAGCGUACGUCAUAUUUUCCGGUGGUCUGGCGUACGACACAACUGGACGAACUCCAAGUAUAACGGUGAUACACGGGAAAACUACCACUGUACUAGAAAUGGAGCACAAUGUGAUAGACUUUAUAACACUCUGCGAAAAUCCGUGGACCAGUGAUUAUCAAGAUCCAUACGCUGUUGUGGUCCUGUUACAAAACGACUUGGUUGUGAUAGAUUUAUUAACUCCCGGAUUCCCGUGUUUCGAAAAUCCGUAUCCGAUGGACAUACACGAGUCACCCGUCACGUGUUGCGCCUAUUUCGCGGACUGCCCUUCGGAUUUAGUGCCAGCUUUUUAUUCGGUUGGAUCGAAGUCUCAGAAAAAGGCGGGAUUCAGCGAGAAGGAUUGGCCGAUAUCCGGUGGCGAAUGGAGCUCGAGCUCGAGCGGUUACAAUGAAAUUAUUUUGACCGGGCACGCUGACGGCAGUAUAAAAUUUUGGGACGCAUCAGCGGGCACGUUACAAGUUCUUUACAAAUUAAAGACAGCGAAACUUUUUGAAAAAGGUAGAACGCGUAGUUUAGAUUCGGAGGAAGAUCCUUUAGCGAUACAGCUCAUCUUCCUUUGUCCCGAAAGUCGGAAAUUGGCGAUCGCGGGAAGUGGAAGACACGUCGUCUUAUUUAAAUUCAAAAAAGUUGAGAGUAUGUCCGAGGUGGUGACUUUGGAGAUAUCACUGACGGCCGAGCCGGGAGUCAAGGAAGCGGAAACUUCGUCGGAUCACGAUUCACCGGCCGGCAAUACUUCGGCUAGCAGCGAGGCGAAAAAUAACGAAUCGAGCCAAUCGCUCAAAAUUAAGACCGGUUUACAGAAGAGAGCCGCCGGUUUUCAAGCAACCUUGGUUUGCUUAACGAUCACCGCUAGCGGGGAACAAGCUGAAAAUAUAACAGCUCUCAGUUUGAAUUCUUCGUACGGUUUGAUGGCUUACGGGAACGAGUCCGGUAUAGUGAUAAUAGACAUUGUCCAGAAGAUCUCUUUGAUCGUGUUGAACACCGGCGACAUCGGUGGCAACGUGGAUCCGUGUCAACGAGUGUUGCGCAGUCCCAAACGUCAGGAUGAGUUGAAACGAGAGAACGAAGACAAAGCGAGGAGUCCUAGUACAGAUCAGCCAACUACGUGUCUACCCACGUUGAAACAAGUUCAAAUCAGUUUUGCGGUCUUCCCCGACAGCAAGGUUGAUUCAGGUAAAAAAAAAAAAAAAAAAAAGAAAGAAAGGUUUUUCACAGUUUUUGACAGUUGUUCGAUCACCGAGAGAAAUGUAUAUUGUUCCGAAAGAAAUUUGUGAAAGGAAAAGAAAAAUGGAGAAUAAUUUUCCUGGGUAAAUAACGGGUGAAGCGCUUCUCGACUUCUUUCGACUGUGCCAACAUCUAACUUGAUUCCGCUAAUUCGAUUUAAUUCGGUUCGAUUCACGCUUCGUUUUUUUUUCUUUUUUUUUUUUUUUUAUUUUUAAUAACCGUUUCAUUCCUACGUAUCGCCAAAAUUGUAUGAGCCAAAAUGUGUCCAUCGAUGGGGAGUCGAUCGAAAGGAAAUUUCGAGUGAAAAAGUAUCUCUCGGGGAUUAAAUAUUUUUCAUCGAUUCGUUAAAAGAUUAGUUAUUUUUUUUUUUUUUUACCUUCGUUCGAAAAUUAAUCUCGAUCAAUGAUUUUAUUUUUUUUACUCGGAAUCCCGUUCGAAGUCUCCUCCUGCUGCAUCGAUCGAGGGAUGAAUUUUCGUUCAAUUGAUAUCGGUGAUACGUUGUUACAUUCGUAUGUACACACACAUAUAUAUAUAUAUAAGUAUACGUAUAACAUGAGAACCGACGCAUAUGUAUGCUUUCUAUACUCUCUGUGAUAUGUGUAUGUUUCUUCUUUUUUUUUUUUUUCUCUCGAAAAUACGAUUGUCACAGGAUUCGUUACGAUUUCUACACCUUUCUCUCGGUAAAAACAUCGCUUUUCAAAGCUUCUCGAUAUGUUUUUUUAAUAUAUAAUUUGCACGCUAUAGCAAUAGUAAUAAUAAUAACACAUGAUGGUUACGGCAUCAUCAAUGACAACAGGGCAAUGAAA